AUUCAUGAAUUCAACAUGGAGGCGCUGCAGCCGCAGAUGGACCCCGGACAAAUCACCGGGGUGUAUGGAGAGGUCAGCGGGCUCCCUGCAGCUGUUUCUGCUCAGGUGAGUGAGGAGCAGCUCUCAGAGCUCCGGAUCUACACUGUGGCCGCAGAGUGGAGUCAAAGCGACCUGGUCCGUGGCUCCAGACUUCGCUACUCGCAGCAGUGGACUCUGAUAACGGACUGCAACGACCACAAGAGCAUCAGGACUGUCCUCCCACCAGGGCCCUGUGUACCUGUGUCUGGAGAGUUACUGAGUGGACGCUCUCCCAUUCAAGGCCUGAAGGCCGUUGUCAGGGAAACAGGUGGCCACCAGCUCCUCGAGAUAUGGGACCGCCACGGCCUCAGGAAAUGCCUGAACCUGACCGCUAUCAAGAAACAUGGCACAGUGUAUGAUGACUCCCAGUUUGGCUGUCUGUCAUGGUCCGAGUGUGAGAACAAACUUCUGUAUGUAGCUGAGAAGAGCAAGAACACAUCAAUAGAAACGCAUGAUGGGGAAUCUGCAUGCAGGAAGGACAGGAGUAUGUACUGUGAAGACUGGGGCGAGGCUCUGACCAGUAAGAGCAUUCCGGUGAUUUGUGUGGUGAAUCUGCAGAGCGGCUCUGUCAGCGUGCUGCAGGGCGUCCCGCCUGAUAUCUCACCUGGACAGGCUCUGUGGGCUCCAGGCAGUCAGGCGGUGUUUUUUGUCGGUUGGUACCACGAACCGUUCAGACUCGGACUGAGGUUCUGCUCCAACCGCAGGUCAGCGUUAUUCAAGCUCGACCUGGAUGGAAACUGUGAGUGUCUGUCUGGGGACAACCUGUCAGUGUGCUGUCCCAGGCUGAGUCCAGACGGGUCCACGCUGAUCUACCUGCAGGGUCAAGUGUUUGGUCCUCAUAACCAAUGCCUCAGUCUUCAGCAGUUGGAUCUGAAGAGCGGGAAAACAUCCACACUGCUGGAUGUUGUCAACAGACCACAGACUGGUGAGUUUGCAGGUGUGUAUGAAUCUUUGCCGUCUUGCUGCUGGUCCGCCGACAGUCAGAGAGUGGUGUUCAGCAGUGCCCGCAGAAACUGGAAGGAUCUCUUCAUGGUCGACAGAAGAUCAAACAAAGUUACCUCCCUCUCUGAUAGUCUCUCUGAUGUUUCCAGAGUUUUUGGCAGUUGGAAGCUGCUAACAGUCCAGAAGGACUUGAUGGUCGUCAGCUGCUCCAGCCCCAACACACCACCCACUCUGAGGGUGGGUUUCCUCCCCUUGUCAGGUGAGGCUGUGACCUGGCAAACACUGCAGCAGCCUGUCAUGACCUUUGACUUCCACUGGACGGUUCUAGAUGUUACACCUCCACCAGAGGAGAACAACUCGCACUACUCUGGUUUAGACUUCGGGGCUGUUCUGGUUAAACCGUCUUGUCCCCUCCAUGAAGACAAAAUACCUCUGGUUGUCUUCAUCCAUGGUGGCCCUCACUCCCAGUUCCCAGCAGAAUGGAACAGCACCACAGCCGGACUAGCUAAACUUGGCUUUGCAGUGCUCAUGGUGAACUACCGGGGAUCCACAGGGUUCGGCCAGGACAGCAUUUUGUCCCUAAUCGGUCAGAUUGGAAACCAGGAUGUAAAAGACGUGCAGAUGGCCGUGCUUACUGCACUGCGGACGGACAUCACCCUUGACCCCAAACGCUUGGCUGUGAUUGGUGGUUCUCACGGGGGCUUCCUAUCUUGUCAUCUGAUUGGUCAGUACCCAGAGUUCUACAGAGCGUGUGCGGCCAGGAACCCCGUCAUUAAUGCCGCUACUUUAUUGGGUACAAGUGACAUAGUAGACUGGCGUUACACCAGUGUGGGGUUUCAGUACUCAUAUGACCAGAUACCCACUGCUGAAGCCCUGGCUGCUAUGUUAGAGAAGUCCCCCAUCACACAUGCUGCUCAGGUCAAGGCUCCAGUGCUGCUGAUGCUGGGGGGCAAAGACAGGAGAGUGUCUCCUCACCAGGGUCUGGAGUUCUAUAAAGCACUGAAGAGCAGAGCUUUACCUGUCAGAUUGUUGUGGUUUCCAGAAGAUGGACAUUCUCUGUCCAGAGUGGACACACAGGCCGACUGUUUCCUCAACACAGUACUGUGGCUGCACCAGCAUCUCUGAACACACACACACACACACACACAACAUGAUCAUCCACAUAAAAGAGGACAAAUUAUUUUACUAUCACAGCAGUUGACAAUCUUAAACACAUUUAUACCUUUUUAACGCAUUCUCUAUGUUACAGAGUACCUAAUUUUGUAAAAGCAUUUCCAAAUCGAAGCAUGUAAUAAAGAAAUUCUCACAAA